AUGGCUUCUCGGCCAAACCCUGUUGGUGCUGACCAGAGCAACGCCGGGAAGGAGGAGCAGCCGCAGUCGCAACCGCAACCUUUGGUCGCCGAAGACGGUGGUAAAAAGGACAAGCCUCCCCCACGCAGCAGGCUGCAACUACUGGCUCGGAGUUCUCUGCAACGUCUUUCGUUUGCGCACCGAAAAUCAGACCUGAUUCAGCAGCAACAUAACAACAACAAGUCUCCCAUACAGACACACCGACAACAUCACAAGAUGUCGGACAGGCAGAGCCUCGAGUCAAACGGCGACAACUCUGCCAUGCGGGAAAUUGAGCGCGGCCCGCCCGGAGAUAGGAAACAGAACGCGCGCUCGAGAAUGUCCCAGCUUGACGUACAGGCCUCCAAGAGGCGGAGUACCUUUUUCGAAGACACCUUUGCUGCCUCAAAGGGGGAGAAGAGUGGUGCCAAGGCGGCGACUGCCAUGACAGAGAGGAUCCGGAGCGAAGCUAUCGUCAUGGCUGAGGUCAAGACAAAUGUCAUUCUCAGCGAUGAGUUCACCUUUAUAACCGAGCUGUCAUACAAUCUUUCGCUGCGCUACCAGCGGCCAGUGUCGAGCAUCGUGGUGUCGGUGCAGCACGGGGCGUGUAUGAUGUAUGGCGGGACCUUUGAGCCGGCGUACAGCUUGACAAUAUUCGCCCUGCCUUCGCAGAUGCGCCCUACGACCAACAAGCGCAACGCUGUCAUGAUUCAAAUGCACAUGGAUGAGGUCCUGGGCGUGCCCUCAUCGCGUGGCAUCGUCAGAUUCGUUCCCAUGCCAGAAGACAACGUCGCCGUCAGCGGACGGACGAUCGGCUCAGAGAUCACCGAGCUGGCUAGGGAGGCGGGUAUCGACCUUAUCGACGACGAUGAGGGCAAUGGCCUUGCAAAGAGGAGAAGUGUGAAGCUCAAGAAUCGACUGAGCGUCAGAAAAUCUUUCAGCAACUUCAAGGAUCACAACAGAAGCGGCUCCCGAGAACUCACACCGCCCACGAGCGCGUCGGAUCACAGGCCAGCAGUCCCGCCGCUGCCGUCACCGCCGCUCGAGCCCGGCUACAAUCACGAAGUCGGUCGUGACAGGCCUGGCCCGGGACUAAACGACCCAAUGCCGGUGAGGAAGACGAGAAGGCGAAAGAGCUUCGUCGCGAGCAUCUUUGGAUGGCCCAAGGAGGAUACUAACCGACCACCGAUACCGCUGUAA